AUGCAGUUGGAACGUCUUCGUGUGGCUGCAGGAAAGGAUGUCCAGAGCCUUGUGGACCCCCCGUUAGAUCCGGAUGCGAACACUGCCCUUCCAGCCAUAGAAGGGGAGAAACACAGCGACACCUUCAUCACCCAGGAGGAGCCCAGCGUCGAAGCCAGCUUUGGGCUGCAGCUGGUAUCCGCAGCUCCCUGCGAGAGCGCCAGCACCGCCAUCUCCAGGGCUCAGCUGGCACGGCAGGAGUUGGAGCUGUGCGUGGAAAUUCUACAGUCCUACGCACGAGAAACGUCCUCCGACUGUCGCGAGCGCCGGGCCUUUCUUAACUCCACCGCCAGCACUGCCGCAGUGUCCAUCCAGAAGUUGAGUGAGGUGGUGCAGAGGCAGUCCGAGGAGGCGUUGGAUGCUGAACGCCGCAUAGGCGAGCUGAAGGCGAAAAUCACGGAGUUGGAAGAAGAUACCGAUGGGCUACGCCGUGUGGUGCAACAGAUGUUGAAAGAUGAGGCAGAAUUGCGAAAGCAGAAUGAGGAGACGGUGGCUGAGGUCAAUGAGAGGCAGCAGCAAUUGACCGAGGCGGAACAUCGCUCGGAUCACCUCUCAGUUCAAUUGCACAAGGCCAUGGAGAAGAUCCACCUGCAGGAGGAGCUGCAACGCAACGCCAAGGAGAAGCUGCGUGAUGGAGCGAAUUCGCCCAUGAUGCACUUCACCACCUUUGUCUUGGGUCCUGACCAGGUGCCAUCGGGCAGUGCAGUGAACAUCAGUGGUGAGAGCAACAAGGUGGAGCGGACGAGGACGGACAAGUCCCACUCUGGGAUGUGCAGGAGCACCUCUGGACACUCCACGCGGAAUUCCUUGGUGUCAGGCCACGCAGGCCCCGCAGGCCCUGCAGGCCACAUGCCACCAGAGCUCGCGGGCUCCCAAUCGCCACUGGGAUUUAGCCAUGGAAAAAG